AAUCAUUCCUUUCUCCAUAGAUCUACAUCUCUUUCAUGUGCAUGAACUCUUCAUCUUCUCCAUCAGAGGAAUCGCAUGAGUUAUUUUACAAACCCUAUGUUCCUGAAACGGAUUUUGAAGAUGGGGGAGGUGAAGAUUUUGAGGUGAUUGUCGGCGAUAUUAUCUCUGAUGACAAGGAGGAGAACAUCGUCAUCGUCAGCAACAGCGACGAUGAUGGUACGGUUGUUGCCCCUGUCGGAGAGAAGGAGGUAAUCGACCUUACCUCAGAUACGGAUGAUGUUUUUUAUCUUGGUAGCGAUGAGGUUGCGUUCUUGGGAGACAGUGACACCGAUGAUUCCAUUGGGUCUGAAAUUUUUGGGAUUGAGACUUCUCCUGUGAUCUGCUCACACAUGCACCUCCACAUAGAUAUGCUUAACAUCUUACUACCUACUCCAGAUCCAACAUUUUGGGCUUCAACGUACAAAGAUCCAAGAAGUGUGGACAAGAAAAGGAAAAAGAAGAAAGAAAGGAACCUGAAGAAGAAGAAAGGUGAAUGAAGGAGAUGCCAAAAAGGGAAGGUCCAGGGAGCUUUAAAUGCUGCUGGAAUGUAUUUGAAUGAAAAUUUUCUCUUGUU